AUGACCACCGCGCCGCAACGACUUCUCAUCACAGGCGCCACCGGCAAACAAGGCGGCGCCCUCAUCGCCUCCCUCCUGCGCCAACCGCCUCGCACUCCAACACAAAUCGUCGCUCUUACCCGCGACCCAGCGUCUUCAAGCGCGAAACGCCUCCUCGCCUCCGCCACUAGCGUCGCACCAUCCACCCUCUCCCUCACCCUCCUACAAGGCGAUCUCGACGACAGCACCAAAAUCUUCACCUCGGCCGCCUCCCAAUUCAACAACCCCCACCCCUUCCACGGCGUCUUCUCCGUCCAGGUACCCCUCAACCCGACGCGCGAGGAAGCCCAAGGCAAAGCCCUCAUCGACGCCGCCGCCCGCUUCGGCGUCCGCCACUUCGUCUACACGAGCGCGGACCGCGGCGGCCAACAACGCAGCGACGCCGACCCCUCACCCGUGCGCCACUUCGCCAGCAAGUUCCGCAUCGAGGAGCACCUGAAGCGCGUCGCCACUGCGGAAGCAUCGGGCAUGGCAUGGACCAUCAUCCGCCCCGUCGCCUUCAUGGAGAACCUCAGCGACGACUUCCUAGGCCGCGCCUUUGUCGCCAUGUGGCGCCUCAACGGCCUUGACGACCGCCCGCUGCAGCUCGUCAGCGCUUCCGACGUCGGCGUCGCGGCCGCAGACGCGUUGCGCUCCCCGCAGAAGUGGGCAGGCCGCAGCGUGAGUCUGGCGGGUGAGGAGAUUAGCCCGGCGCAGGCGGAUGAGGUGUUUCGGAGGCUGGUGGGGAAGCCGUUGCCGAGUACGUAUGCGUUUGUGGGGAGGGGGUUGAGGUGGGGUCUGCGCGAGCAGUUGGGGGAUAUGUUCGAUUGGUUUCGUGAUGUAGGCUUUGGGGCCGAUGUGCAGGGUUGUCGGAGGGAGUGGCCGAAGAUGAUGGGGUGGGAGAUGUGGUUGAGGGAGAAGAGUGCAUGGAAGGGGAGGGUGGAGGCUCGGGAGAGGGAGAAUGGGGCUGAGGCUAGGGACGGGGCUUGA